UGAAUUAGUAUCGGUAACAAAACAAUUAAAAGACAAGUCAAGUUGAUUAUGUUGUGUGUGAGCAAGACAUUCUCUUUAAUUAGUAGUUUAAACCUCUUACUAAUUCUAUAGACAACAAUUAACAAAGCAAAGUCAACCAAUAAAUAAAUUCAUCUGCCAAAUUUCCCACCAACUUUACAGCUACCCCUCAAUUUUCCCUCUGAAAUUGGGUUCCCACUUUCCCCAAAUUCAAGCAAAAAAAAAACCCCAAUCUGAAAUUACUGCUUCUCUGUUCUCGAAUCCAAUAAUGGAUUCCAAUUCCUCCGCCCCCAAUCCGAUUCCGAUCUUCUCCACCUUCACUUCACCAUUCGAGGGCUCGCCGAGGAAGAGCGAUUCCACUUCUUCAACGAGAAAGCCCCUCAGUCUCUGGCCGGGAAUGUACCACUCGCCGGUGACGAACGCCCUUUGGGAAACAAGGUCCAGAAUCUUCGAGAGGCUUCUCGAUCCCCCACUCGACGCGCCGCCGCAGAGCGAAUUGCUCACCAAAACCCCUUCCGGCAGCAGGAUGACCAUUCUCUACAAUUUCUCCACCGAUUACAUACUCAGGGAGCAGUACAGAGAUCCAUGGAACGAGGUUAGAAUCGGGAAGUUGCUCGAAGAUCUCGACGCUCUCGCCGGUACUAUUUCAGUCAAGCAUUGCUCGGACGAUGAUAGUACGACUAGGCCGCUGUAUCUGGUUACUGCUUCGGUGGAUCGAAUGGUGCUGAAGAAGCCUAUCAGUGUGGAUGUUGAUCUGCAUAUAUCGGGUGCCGUUACUUGGGUGGGCCGUUCUUCCAUUGAAAUACAGCUUGACAUCACCCAGCCUGCAACUGGUGAAGCUGCUGUUACUGACUCAGUUGCUCUAACUGCCACCUUCAUUUUUGUGGCUCGUGACUACAAGACCGGCAAAGCUGCUCCUGUAAAUCGGCUGAGUCCCGAAACGGAACGAGAAAAGUUUCUCUACGAAGCUGCAGAGGCGAGAAAUACGUUGAGAAAAAGUAAGAUUACAAACUAUAAAAAGGGUAUCGAAAAUGGAGAUAUGAAUAGAUUUCAAGUGUUGCUGGCUGAGGGACGGAUCUUCUGUGACAUGCCUGCACUGGCGGAUAGAGACAGCAUUCUUCUCAGAGACACUCGUCUUGAGAACUCGCUGAUUUGUCAGCCACAACAGAGGAAUAUUCACGGCCGGAUAUUUGGAGGGUUUCUGAUGCACAGAGCAUUUGAGCUAGCCUUUUCGACUGCUUAUGCUUUUGCAGGCAUGAUGCCUUCGUUUCUUGAAGUUGACCAUGUUGACUUUCUAAGACCCGUGGAUGUUGGGGAUUUCUUGCGUUUCAAAUCAUGUGUACUGUAUACAGAAAACGAGACUUCGGAUCAGCCUUUGAUCCAUUUAGAAGUUGUUGCACAUGUUACAAGGCCUGAAAUGAGGUCCAGUGAGGUGUCGAAUAGGUUUUAUUUCACAUUCACUGUUCGACCAGAAGCAAAGGCAUCGAAUAACGGACAUAGGAUCAGAAAAGUGGUUCCAGCUACGGAGGAGGAAGCACGCAGAAUUAUCGAGCGCAUGGAUGCUGAUUCUUUGCAGUCUUUUUCUUAACCUUUAUGUGACCAAAUCAACACUAUUACACAUUUAUACAUUACAUAUGAAUUAAUGUCUAAUUUGACCUUUUGUUGUAAUCACUCGAACAAGAGAGGGUUUUUUCGUAAUUUGAUCGUAUCUCAUGGGAUUAAAGCCUUAUUGCUUCAAAAGAUUUUUCCUUGUAUACA